AUGCCUGAUAUUAUCGAAACCGUGCGCGAUGUUGCCGAGACGGCCGACCGCAAUGCUGUCAAGAAAGAGGAGGAAGCCGUUGAGGUUGCCUCCCAAUGGGCUCAAGAGAAGCUCGAGAACUUUCUUAACGAGGUCGAGAGCAACGGUAACGACCACAAGCUGCUCAAGAUCAGCUACAUAAUCAGUCGCCGUACCUCCAUUGACGUGUUCACUGGCAAGAGCACCGAUAUUGGCAACUUUGCCAAAGACUUGAUUUCCAAGCUCGCGGAUGGCAAAGUCAUGGAGGGUCUGGGUAACCUGGCUGGUACCUUGCUCAACAAGCUUUUUGGUUCCGCUUCGGGCUCAGCCCAAACUGAGAGAAUCUACGAGGUCACCUUUGAUGAGCUCGGCGGCCUAAAUCGCCUUGACGCGUUUUUCUUCUGCUACCGCUUUGCUUCAAGCGGCGUCGUCAACUUCAGCAAAGCUGUCAUCGGCACUUGUAUUGUCCGAUCCGCUGCCAACAUGGUCGACGAUAAUGCCUACCGUGUCGUGCUGACGAGCUCCGCUACAUUGGCCGACGCCCAGCGCGCCGCCAUCGGCAAGCACAUGAUUGAGGUUGCCAAAAAUCAGAAGCAGAUUGUCGACGAGAAUGGUACACUGCGCGCCGCGGAACCCGAGCUACUGUCAGCGCGCGCAGAGCUGGCGCAAGUCAUUGGCGAAGGCGUAGCCACGUCGGAGCAGUACAUCCAGCGGCGGUCAACGGCAAAACCUUUUAAGACCAUCCAAGCUGAAAAGAGCGCAGAGUGGCAGGCGGACAACCUAGCCCUGAGGACGGGUACUGUUGUUGGCGGCGCAGAGGCUACCAAGCAGAUUGAGGCGUAA